CCGGCCACAUGCGGGAAUUGCCAGGUGCUGCAGGCUGACCUCCUGCAGCUGCAGAAGAAAUUGAGGGUCCAGGCAAAGACGCUACAAAAAAAAUGCAACCGGGUCAAGUACCUGGAGCAGCAGCUGCAGCAGCAUCAGGCUGCGGGACUGCCUGGCCACCCGCCACCCACCCGGAGACCUCUUCGGAGGAGCAGGAGGACGACGAGGACCAGGAGGACCUCCCACCCAACCAGGAGGCCAGGAGCAGCAGAGCUGGUGGAGUCCUGGCUCCAUUUCGCUCCCUCCCGUCGGCAGUCGGUGAGUCACGUCCGUCUGUGCUUGCCAAAAUCUUACCUUACCUUCUCAAAUGUCUUUUAUGCAGUCCAGUACAUGGAGUUGUACUGGGACCACUUGAAGGGCUCCAGCCACAGGAGGAAGCAGCAGGAGAACCAGCGCGCUCCAAGCUGGCCAGGAUCCACCACUUCCUCAGUUUCCUGGCCAAUGGCGGGAGGUGGUCCUCGACGUGGACGGCACUGGAAAAUGUGCGCAGGAUCUACGAAUGGCCGGAACACCUGCUGAGGGGCGGCAAGGCGGUCACCACUAUCAAACUCUACUUUGUCAACAUCAUGGAGUUUAUGGGGUAUUUUAAGGAGACCCCCCCGCCCACCUUCCGGGUUUCCAAGCGCACCCUGGUCGCCGUUCACAGGGUCCUCUCCUCAACCGUCUCCAGCCUGGGUCGACGGGUGGCGAUCCACCAAAUCCAGGUCAAGAGCGCAAAGCUAAGGCACCUGGUCCCGAAGCGUCACCUCCGCGCUUGCCGGGCCAGGUGCAGGGAGGAGAUCCUAUGCGUCCUCGACAACCUGGAGAAGGACUCCACCUGGGAACAUAUGAGGAAGUUCUACCCGCUCCUCUCCCUCUACAUCUCCUGUGUCUACGGACACAGGACCGGCGUCCUCCAGAAUGACCGUUCAGGAGGUCAGGCCAGGAGUUCGAGGGAUAAGGAGUAAGACGAGGGCUUCCUCAUCAAUGUGAAGGAACACAAGACCAACCGAGCCUUCGGCUCAGCAAAGGUCUACCUCACCCCGGAGGAGUUCAGGUGGCUCGAGCGGUGGCUCACCGUCCGCGCCGGGCUUAAGCCCUCGACGGACCUAGUCAUAUUUACAGAGGGCAACAGGAGGUUGAAGCAUCUCCUGUUGCCCAUCCAGAAGGCGUGGUCCAACUUGGGCUUGCCCACUGACUGUCACUGACAUCCGCAGCUCCAUCGCCACCUACGCGAGGAAUCACCUCCCUCCCGAACAGCGCAUGGUAAUAAGUGGCAUCAUGUGUCAUGAUGUCUCGACCGCCGAAAAAUAUUAUGCGGUGGACCGGUCCUGCAGCCAGCUCGCCGCCAUUCGCAAGACAUUUGACAGCCUGACAGACCCCGGGAAAAGGUGGGGGAAAUCCUCCUCACACCAAAAGGUGGGUUUUCAUGUGUCCUCGACUUACCUGCCUCACUUACCUGCCUCUUCGAAGCCAUUUGGCAGCAGCUGAGAAAGCUCCCAGAUGGCAGGCCUCAGCGGCCUCCCCUCCAGCAGGAGCCAUCCGGCUCAUUAGUGUUAUUUUUUACAUCAUUUAAAUUCUUAAAGAUGUUUUGGUGUAGUUUCUUGUAUUGGUUGAAGUUUUGAUUUCACCAAAAUGUCCUUAAAAUUUUUAUUCCUUCUGUAAGCUGAUAUGACAUUCACAUCUUUUAAUAGUUCAUGUUUUUCAAUAAGUUCUUUGUAGUUGUUUUUUAGGAAGAAGUUCAUUUUUUUAUGAUUUGUUGAAUAAUCUGUUAUUAUAGGAAUGAUUCUUUCCUCUCCUUUUUCCUUCUUCCUUAAAUGUUUUUAAAUAUUUUCUUAAAAACAUUCUCGAGUAACCCUAUAAAGUGUUUUAACCGCAUUCAUGAAAUCCUCUUUUUUUGUACAUAUUCUAUCAAAUCUUAUUAAUUGUGAUUUUAUUAAGCCUCUGAAAGUAUGUUUAGGAUGGAAACUCGUUUUAUACAGCAGUGCAUGGGUAUCYGUUGAUUUAAAAUAUACUUUCACAUCCAGUUUAUGAGAUGUCAUGAAGUUUUUUCCUUUGUAUAUUGUUGUAUCUAAAAAAUCAAUUGAUUGGUCAUUAAUAACAUAUUUUAAUUUAAUUGAGGGGUCAUGUUUAUUUAAAAUAUCUGCAAAUUUAUCAA